ACUUUUAAGGACCGGUAAUACUGAUGUGUAUGUUUUUUUAUGUUGUUGUUGUUGAACUGUCUGUAAAACUGUACGUCUCAUUUUAUAUAUAAAGCAUUGUUUACAUUGUAAUAUUGAGUCACUGAGUCUGUUUUCUGUUGCUGUUUCCAAUACCGUAACAUUACUUCAAGUUACACGUAUAUUAGCGUGUGUAUUGUCAAUACGAUCAGACGUAGGAUGUCGGGGUAGAGUUUAGAGCAUUAGUGCAGAUAUACCACGCAGUCCACAACCCCGCACUAUCAGAGAUCCAUGUGAGGAACGCUAACUCUGACUGUAUUCAACGUCGGGGUUUAGGGUGACCAUAAAUUAGUAAAACUGAUAAUUAAGGCAAUCUUUCUGAUUCAUAAUUUCUGUAGCAAACAUAUACCAUCAAAUGAAAUGUGUACGACUGUCUUGAUUUCAAGGCACCCAUAUCCUGAUAUUUAUUCAUAACUCUACAGAAGGCGAAGAUUUUCCUUGCUUUGAGCUUUUAAUUGCUGUACGGGUAUCGCCGUGCUAUGUACCUCUGCAAGUAAUAUUCCUGUUUAAACACGCCAUAUUUACCUGAAAGUUUAUGUUAGCUUUCUAUAACCUGUAAAACACGACAGUUGGCGAUGUCUUUUAAACUUCUUGAUACUGCAUGUCAAACCCCAUUAUCAUUCAUCUCCCACUUGAUCAUCUGUACAAGUGGUUUAUAUAAUCAAACAACUUUAAAGGCAUGUCAUGUAGACUGGGUAUAGAGCUGUAUAUAUGUGUCAUCUGUAGUUUGACCGUGUUUUCGUUUACUGUCAGCGUUUGCUCUACUUUGUGAUUUCCCUGAUAGUGUAGACAGCCUGUUGGGGACUGCCAUACUCCAUGCAUUCGGUCUAGUCCUAUACUAACCUCCCCGCAGCUCAUAUCUAUACGUUUUUAUCACACAUUACACAAUCUAGAGCAUAUACGAUACAAUAUAGACCGCGGCUGUCAGACGUGGUCACAGGUUCGGACAGACCACUUGAUGUUUUCCCAGUGAGCGAACUGUGUCUUCAGACGUUUAAGAUGGCUACCGAGGUAAUGGACGUCCCCCGGGAGUACUUACCUGGCGUACCCGACUGGAGCACACUCCACAAACCCACGGGCGAACUGUUUUCACCAGUAGAGGAAAAGAAAGACUGGGCGAGAUUUCGUCUGAGCGAUUCCCAGAUUGAUCAGUUCACCCGAGAUGGGUUUCUGCUAAACGUGCCGGUGUUGACGGAGGAGGAGUGUGAUAGGAUCCUGGAAGAUUAUACAUAUUUCCUGGACCCCACCAAGCGGCAUCCCGGCCUGGAGAUGAUGUACGAGUACCACAGCAACCAGGGUGGGGACCCUGAUAAGGUCCUUAUGCAUGGACUGGGCCAAUGGCGACUCACAAAGCUCUUUCAUGAUCUUGUCUUCCUCCCAAAAGUUGUGGUGCCCGUCUCCCAACUACUGAACCCUGGGGGUAAGGAAGUCCCUGUACGCUUCUGGCACGAUCAGCUGUUUGCCAAACCAUCGCACCACGGAGGGGUCGUCGCUUGGCACCAGGACUACUCUUACUGGACACGGACUAAGCCCAUGAUGCAUAUGACGGUUCAUAUAGCACUGGACAACCAGAGUGUGGAAAAUGGAGCUUUACAUUACAUCCCAGGCUCUCACAGGUGGACGAGGGAUGGUAAGCCAUUGCCAGUGACAGACUUUAACUUUGCCGAUAUGGAGUCAAUACAUACAAUCCUGACGGAGGAAGAAGAGGCUGCUUUUAAACCCGUGUGUGGUCAGCUACGUAAGGGCGAGGCCAGCUUCCAUCAUGCAUUGGCCGUUCAUGGUUCCUAUGGAAACAGGUCGGAUCGGCCUCGCAGGGCCACAGUUCUAAACUACUUCGCGGACGGCGUCUGUUCCGACACUGAGGACGAACUUCUGAAGGGUAUCAAAAUAGCAAAGGGUAACAAAAUGGAAGGGCAGUUUUUCCCGCUUGUGUAUGACCCGACCUGGGCAGCGUAAUACCGAGGCUGAAGAUUUCUUGCCCAUUACCUGGAAAUGAUAAUAAUUCAAAACAUACGUUUCAUUAGCUUUAAAUAAAUCUAGAUAACGAAUGAAACGAAAUAUCUAGAUUUUAUAUUCUAAUUAUUGGAUGUUGGUAUCCACUAUUAUGCUAGUAUGUGCCUCCGUAUUUUGUUUGUGAAAUAUUUACAGUCAAAGCAUCUUUAAUUGAAUAUGUUAAAGAAGAGUAUUUAGAGCGGCCUAGUCAAGAUAAACAAUGUAUUUUAAAGGAACGUCUCAUAAAUUUUAAGACUCAAAAUUGCAAUGUCAUUUGUGAUACACCAAUGUUUCAUUUUACCAUCUGAUCACAGAACCAGUUUACGAACAGUUUAAGGUUUUGUAAAAACUAUUCUUAUUCUGCAUUUGCCUUCAAGGAAAAGCCAAGAGCUGUUUUGAUAACGCACCCCAUUUUAUUAUUUGAUCCUGCACACCACUGGUUAAUUUGAAUGUAAUUUCAGCAUUGAAGUGCCAUCUAAUUUUUAUUCAAAACUGAGUAUUUAGAGGUAUAUAUAUUGCAUAUAUAUUAUUUUUAAACCAUCACAUUGACUAAAGCACUACACAAAAUUAUAAUAUAACAACACGUGUGAAUGUUAGAAAAUAAAGAGAAAUUAUAACAUUUCGGAACCCACGUUCAGUUGUACUUCAUAUCAUAAAGCAUUAACCCGACCUUCUUGUCCGAACUGGUCACCUUGUAAUAACCUUUCAUUUUCUGACGAGGAAAUGGGAUGGUGUCGGUAUCGAUCUUAUGACGCUUGCCAUGGGAGUAUACAAGUGACAGUGAAAUGUUAGGGGUACAGGAUUAGUCAUGCACAAAACUUUCACUCGCGUAAAGUAAAAUUCUCGCAUCGAUAUGGAGUCCUACAAUGUUUGGUGAAGGAGCUUCAAUGUUCCAUAAGCCCGGACCAGAAUAGGACGUUUGUAAAUUCCCUUACUCCCACUGUUUACAUGCAGGGAUCUUGGGGACCAUAUGUGAUUGGGUGGCUUUUUGCACAGUGUAUGACAUUCAUUGAUUUUUUUUUGUCCAAAAAUGUUCACGUCACUACAUUGAGACGCCGUAUUACUCUGUGAAUAGAGGCUGGAGCAAUACGGAAUGUACACGAGAAACUUAUAUUGGAAAACGUUUGACAUACCAUUGUGGGCAAUUGGUUUCUAAAUGGGCUUGUCAUGGUACAUGUUGUACAUUUUAAUGAGUAAAAGAGUAUUACAUUUUGUGUAUUCCCUUAUGGUAAAGUGACUCUUGGAUAGGUUGUAGCUUAUUCAUUAGUCGGACGAGGUAGCAUAGCAAAAGUCAUAUUAUUUACGUCAAGUUAUUCAUUCUCGGUAACGGCAAUAUAAAAUGUGGUUUUCAAUUAAAGAAAAAAUACCGUUUAUAUCGUCCAAAAAUUGUUGCGUUCUAGCCAUGUCCCCCACAGUAUCACUGGAUGCAUUUACCUGUGCUGAUGGAUGGAAGAGCGGCACGAUCAGAGAGGCCUGAUCCCUUGAUAUUCCAGGUUGUAAUUAUAAUUAAUUAACACCUUCAUUAGC